GGAGUUAAAAACCUGAGGAAUUUAAGGAUUAUUUUUGUGACCAGAAACGCAGUGGAGAGGGGAGUAUACAUUUACUUCAUCCCUGCAGUGUGCGUAUUAAUUUGGCAUCAAGGCUCCAGCAGUCAGACAGCUGCAGCCGUAUCACCCACCCCCUACCCCAUGUGGGCAUCACCCUACACCAGUGAAGUUAGUGCCCCUGUACUCUUAAACCAGGACUGUCUCUUGCAGUAGGAUGCCAUUACCAACGAGGGUAUCACAAAUUAAGGACCCGGAGGUUGCCUCAUUCUUCUCGGAUGAAGACCCUGAGAAACUUUUCACCGACCUGCAAGAGAUUGGCCAUGGCAGUUUUGGGGCGGUUUACUUUGCCCGCAACACCAAGACGGGGGAGGUGGUGGCUAUUAAGAAGAUGUCUUACAGCGGCAAAUCAUCCAAUGAGAAAUGGCAAGACAUAGUGAAAGAGGUCCGGUUCUUACGGCAAGUCAAACACAAGAACACGAUAGAAUACAAGGGGUGCUACUUGAGAGAACACACAGCAUGGCUAUCUAUGGAGUAUUGUUUAGGAUCGGCUUCAGAUAUUAUAGAAGUUCAUAAAAAGCCCUUACAAGAGGAUGAAAUCGCUGCGAUAUGUGAAGAUGCUCUGAACGGACUAGUCUAUCUACACAGUAAUCAGCGAAUACACAGAGAUGUGAAAGCAGGCAAUAUACUACUCACAGAGAAUGGCACGGUCAAACUAGCCGAUUUUGGGUCUGCAUCUUUUCUAAGUCCUGCCAACUCCUUUGUAGGUACUCCAUAUUGGAUGGCUCCCGAGGUAAUUCUUGCAAUGGACGAAGGUCAGUACAAUGGUAAAGUGGACAUCUGGUCACUAGGAAUCACAUGUAUUGAGCUAGCGGAGAGGAAACCUCCCUUGUUCAACAUGAAUGCCAUGAGUGCCCUGUACCACAUUGCUCAGAAUGACCCACCGAGUCUAGCAAACUCCACCGAGUGGUCCAGUGCCUUCCGGUCUUUUGUGGAGACUUGCCUUGCCAAAGAUCCUGAGCACAGACCCACAGCAGUACAGUUAUGUGCGAACGAGUUCAUUCGAAGGGAUCGGGUCAACAGUGUCAUCCUAGAUCUGAUUGAGAGAACACGGCGAAUAGUCCGGGAACUAGACAACAUCAACUAUCGUAAGAUGAGGAAAAUUCUCAUGACAGAAACGUUCAAUCUCAACAAAGGGGACGGAGGAGAGGAAGACCCUGAGGAUGGAGUCAGUGACUCUGUCAGUGAGUCGGGAGAUGAUGUCUUUGGUGGCAAAGCCAGUGGGAGCAACAGUAUAGGUAGCCAACACAGCAUACAGGAUAGCAUCCAAAGUAGCAGUAAUUGUGGUAGCAUCAACAGUCUUCCAGGUCCAUCAGCGGAGUUUGAUAGCUUCUCAAGGGACUCUAGGCAUCCUUACUACUGCCAAGCAUACAGUGGUCUUCCACCCAUGCACUCCGGUUACAGCUCUGCCCAAGACCUAACUCUGGGCAAGGCCCAGGACAUAUCCCUGGGCUAUCACUCCCUGAAAGGGCCCAGUAAUCACGCCAACUAUGCCAUGAAGAUGGGCUAUCGGGGGAAUAGAAGAAAGAUGUCAAGUGGUACAAGCCUCAGCAGCUAUGCAGAUGGUCCAGAUAAUCUUGAAGACCAAUUUAAAACCAUUCGACCGACAAGUAUUGUGACAAGGCAGGCUAAGGAACAUGAGAGUGAGAUGCGUGAACAAGUCACAGGUUACAAGAGAAUGAGGAGACUUCAUCAGAAGCAGCUGCAGCAGCUUGAGACAAGACUCAAAGCAGAGAUGGAGGAACUCCGACAGAAACUAGACAAGGAAUAUGAACAAUGUGUACAAACCAAUGCAAAAGACUUAGAGAAGCUGUCACAGAAACACCAACAAGAAGAAGACAGGAAGCAAAAGGCAGCACUUGCUGAGGAAAAGAAGUUGAUCAAAUCCAUCACGUCACGUCAUGACUCAGAACUCAAAGCCUUCCAGCAGCACCAGAAGAGAGAGUACAAGAUCAACAAGGAACAGAUCAAGAAGGAGGUUGAUAGCACACCAAAGAAGGAGCAAGACUCUUUCAUCCGCAGUCGGAAGGAGUCACUACAGCAGCAGCAACAACAGGCAGAGCAGAGGCUGCUGCAGGAGCAAAGGUUGUUCCUGGACACAGAGAUCAGGAAACUCAAAGCCAGGCUGCUAUUGUCCAAGCACACACAGCAGCAGGAUCAGCUCAGGGAGAAGUUGCAUAAGACGCAAGUCGUGAAGGAAAUGGAGCAUGUGAUGGGUCUACGUCACCAUGAGCAGACACAGUCAUUGGAGUACCGACAUCUGAAACAGAUACAGAACAUGCGGAGUGAACAGAUGGAGAAGCAGUUUGAAACAGAGCUGGCCAACCAAGGAGAGUACAACAAGAGAGCCCAACGUGAUCUCAGGAAGCGACAUGGGCUGGAAACAAAACAACAACCCAAGAAUCUCAAGAUCAAAGAGCAAUCCAUCAAGAAACAGUACCAUGAUGCCUGCAAGAUACAGAUGAAGCAGUUCAAGGCACUCCAGACCCAAGUCUUGCAGAACACUGCCCGGGAGAAGCAGAAGAGCGUAGCCAAGAAAAUGAAGGAGGAACAGAAGAGAAAGAUGGCCAUCCUAGGGGAGCAGUACCGCCUGAGUAGUCAGGAGAUGCUUCAGUCACAAUCUAUACGCCUGAGUGACUCUCAACAACGGGAAUGCAAAGAACUGCACGAGACUCUAAAACAAGAGCUGGAGCUCUUGCAUGCGUACCAGAGUAAGACUAGACUGCAGCUAGAUGCCCAGCACACCAGAGAGAAAAAAGACUUGGAGGAAUGGGUGUCAUUACGUCGAGCACGGCUAGAACAAAGGAUUGAGGAGGACACUGUUCGGUUGCAGUCGGAGAAGAGUGAGAAGAUCCGGCAUCUCCUGGACUCUCAGAAGACUGAGAUUGAGAGCUUCGAUGCUGAGACCUUGAGCAUGGGCUUUGAAUCCCUCACUAUUGAGAAGAUCACUCAGACAUAUGAAGGCAGGAUGCUAGAUGGGCCUACAGGCAAUGGAGGCAGUUUUCGAUACCGAUCUAACAGUACUUCCUCUGGUAGCUACAACUCCAUGUCAUAGAAAUUGACACCCGUCCCCACUCUAUAAAAUACACUACUGCAAUGAUUAGUCUUGAUUCAGGGCUGAAUUUGCACCAGGGCUGUGACCUCCAUGUCUGGCACAGUAUGUCACAGUUUUUAAGUUGAUUUAUUCCCCCCUUACAUUUGUAUUUGUAGCAUAUCUGCUGUUGGUUUUUGAUAGAUUGUUGAUAAUUAAUUUUGAAUUUUACCUGAAGCAAAUCAGAAUGGUGGUAUGGAAACUGCAUUAUUUAUACCUCUAAGCCAGCAUGUGUACAUGGCUCAUGUGUGAAGGAAUGUCAGAACUUGGCUCUAAUGAACAUCAUUAAAUCAAAUUUAUGUGGCUUAAAUGAUGGGAAUUACAGCAGCUGUGUGGUGAUCAUUGGUGGUGUAGAUUGCCUAGUUUAUUGUGGUCGCAUAUGGAAUGUGCAAAAACAUCAGGAGUCAGAGACACUGUAGUCCUUUAGAUCAGUUAUCAACAAUAAGCCUCUUACCAGCAACUUGUGGCCCUUGCAAGCUAAAUUGGAAUAACAAACGGGAGACACCAACUUGGUUUAUAUAAAGUUAGUUGAGCAUUAGAUUCUCCCGAUGGUUGCAAUGUCACAUGAUUCAGGACAGGCUUUUCACAUAGUUAUGUAAAAGAUGCUGGUCUUAUGAAUCAUGUGACAUAGUGACAGUGCCUUCAAUCAGGGUAAUUUGGAGUAUCUAAAUACAUGAUCCACUUCAUGCUGAACGACUUGUAAAGAAAUUUUCUAUGCGGAGUACCGAGUGGAUGUAUAAACAUGUCAUGGUAGUCCUACAUGCAGUAUCAGGUGACAUCUGUAUACAUCCCCAUGCUUAUGUGAUUCCUGUUGAGCUUGUACUGACAUGGAGGUUCCAACUAGUCCGUGAAUGUUGAGCAUGUGUGGAGCCUUCAAGCAUUUGUGUUCCACAACAGGGUGUUUGAGCAAAUAUCACUCUGUAACAUUGUCUUGGAUUUUCAAAAAAUGUGACAAUGCAUUAAAAGUGUCGCACAAAUACUGGACACAUGAUCAGCAAGGGUCAACAUUGGUCUGUUGGUGAAGUCCAACUUUGUAAAGAACUGUGGUUGGGUAAUCUUAUCAUUUUAGAAAGCGGUAUUUGGGGUUGAAAUAAUACUGUGCCAGGGAAACGUUUUGGAAUAAAACCAUCCACAAGUGGCUAAAAAGCGCAGGAAAAAACUCCAAGUAUUACACAUGCUUCAUGUUGUACUCACAAAGAGCUUCCUGUUGAUGCAUGAAGAUGACAGACUCAUGAAUUGAAACAUUCAAUCUAAAAGUGCUUGUGGGUAAUGCAUGGGUAGAAAUUAGUCAUUUUUUUACCAAGUCUGUGUGGUCUUGGCAAAUGCUGAAGUUUCACAAGCACCGGGCACAUUAGGGUUUUCAAAUCCAAGGCUGCUUGCAUUCAACAUUGUAAAGAUAUUAGAGGUUGAAUGUGGUAGCCACAAAUCAUACAGUUAUGCCAGUUUAAAUCAAGUCUAUGCAUCAUUGGGUCUUGAGUAACAGUGUAUGUCAUCGGGCUACCCUGAAUCUCUUUUGAACAACACUUGACCAUGGAGCCAGGCAAGUCAUCAUGUAAACAGCGUUGUAAUUGAGUGUGUCACAGGUCAUUUAGUCUGUCGUCAAGUUGCGACCUAUUCAGGUGAAUGAUAACACAAGCAUUGCUUUAUCACAUGGCUUGCUACUUGGGAGUGGACUUUUGAAUUGAUUUGUAAAAAAGUAAAUACUUUGGCUUCUGAUGGACACGUGAUGGACCCAACUCCCACACUGGUGCCACCACUGUUGUGAUUUCCAUGCCAGUUCCAUGUUAUUCUGAUGAAAUAAGUCAGACAGUGCAAAUUUCAUACCUACCAAUUGGAUCAGGUUCAAAGAAUAUAACAAAGCUUUGCAGCUGUGUCAGCCUAGGUUAGAUGCAAGACUGUAAAUCCAAACAAACAAAAACAAAACAUGUUUACCAUUAAACUCACAGGCUGUGCUGUGUGGAAUGGAGAGACUGUAUGGAAUACAAGAUAAAUUACUUGAUUACAUCAAUCUUUGAAUGCAUACUCUAUCCACGCCAUGACAGGUGUAAUCAUAGUGGGUCGCAUGCCUAAUAUUUUCAAGUUGCAUUAAUAUACAUAAAGGCAGUAGUCCCGUGAGAUACCGAGAGUUAAGAAUCAGUUUGUCGCCAGAGCCAAAAUCCAAUUUAUUGUUUGAACUGAAAACACCCACAAGUGGAUUUUGGAUGACUAAUGUUUUAUUUUUGACUCAUUCUUCAAGCAUGUUAAGUACUGAGUUGGUUCAAGGUACUUGGCUUUCCUAGGUGAUACUACCUAUAAAAUCAGUGGAGAUGUUGUGGUCUCUGCAAAUGUUUGACUGAGGGACACAAGCAUUGUGAUCCAUUGGCCAAUUGUUGAGCUGCUGGACUUGUGACUACAUGCUGGCCUCCACCUUCACCUUGAGGCAACUCAUAAUUGCUGGAUAUCAGAACUUCCAUUUACAAGGCUCAGUCCUGUAGCAAAAUGUGAGGUAACCAGCCAUUGUAGUGAUUAUGUCAAACACUGUGAUCACACUAUCCAUAAAACUUAGGUGCCCUAAAUUUUGAUGAAAAAAUCCAACAUGAAGUUUUGCAGACCAUUUUAAGACUUCCUCGUAGAGUUUUUGUUUAACUGACUAAAUGGGUUGAAUUACCUGAUUGGAGACCUUUCCUUAAACUGGCUACACCCCUGUUGUUUGAUAUCGUAAAAAGACAUUGCACAUUUCUCACACCUCUGAUAAUAUCUCCAUCUCUAAUAAUAGAGUGGGAUUGUUUGUAAAAGUUGAUUGAGCCCAGCAUUUGGGGUGAGAUGCAUGAUUCUGAAGACCAAUCUAAAGUUUUUACCAUGGGACUCUUUUGUCCAUAAAUUAUGUUUUUAACUCCCCCUAGAAUGCCACGAGAGCAUGUGUAUGCUGCUUUGUGUUCGCCCCAUGUGGGCCAGCCAUAUGUUAAACUUUGUUUUGUGUACAGUAUUUAUGUAUAAAGUUGUGACAUGUUACAUUUCUUUGAAACCUCCUGUCAAGUCGUAACACACUGUUCAGCUAUUUAAAAAUGAGGAGGAAGUUCAUUUUUGCAAAAUACUUAUUUUUGAGAAAUGAUCGUUACAGAAUGGAAACGUAGAAUGGCAGUGCUAUUGUAUGUACAGGCCCAAUACAGCAAGCCACACAGCUCCUGCAAUACUAGAAACAGGACAGCAGAAUGUAUUGAUUAACUAAAAGAUACUACAAAUCAGGACUAGGUUUACAGAAAAGUUCUGAAAUACACCAUGAUACCACUUAAAGAUAACUGAUAUUGAAUUGUUUUGAUUUUGGGUCAGCUCAGCAGACAUGAUACGUUUAAAUGAGGCCAAAAAUUCUAUAUCUGCCAAAGAUUUCUGCCAAGCAUGACCUGGUCUACAAAGCUGUUCUUGGAUCAAACACUCAACUAGCCUUGACCAAGGCCGUCUGCCUAUGCAGUUCCAGUGGCAUGCCUACUCAGUCACCAUACAUGCAUGAAACACACUUCUACAUGUAUAAAGAGAGUAUACAGUAACCACUAACCACUCCCUCCCCCUCAUCUGAGUAGAUGGCCCAUGAAGUCAUUUGAGUUUACAGAUUGACCAAAAAAAGUACUGGAAAUGUGACCAGCAUGGCACACUUGUUUGGUCAGUCGGAUAACCAGACAGGUACAAAUGGGUCCACGCAAUGCAGCUAUUUUACCAAAAUCCUUGGAAACUACCUUUGUAUUUCAACUAACCUACUUUACUAUUUUAAGAAGAACUUCAAGACAUUUUUACUUUUAUGCAAACAUUAAUUUCUGUAUUCAUGAGCAAAACUGUGAUGUCGUCCCAAAGAAAACCCAAUGUUGCAUUGACUUGUGCACCAAAAACUUCUAGAAUUGUGAUAUUUUGUCUUCUUAAAUUUCAAUAAGCAAACAUUUCUCUGAAAUUUGAGAACAUUUUGGGUUUACACUUUGAACAGAAAAACCAAUAAACUGAACAGUGUCUUCCCCGUAUGAUAUCACAGCAGCAGCAGUCUCAGUUGCCCAGACAAGUAUGGACAGUUACAUUUUUAACUGUUUUUAAAAAGUGCAUUUUUUAAAACUCUUAAUCCCAAAAGGAAUGUUUAGUAGUUUCUGUACUCUUUAUACAAGUAUACAGAUCCACAAGAAGUGUCUGAGAAUAAAAUAAUCACGGCAUGGACCCUUGAACUUUGCUGGUACAUGGGUUGUAUGUACAUGUAGGUGUAGGUGAAGGGAGGAGGCAGGUACCUCAACAGUCAGGCAGCUAGUGAGCUGCAUGAGGGAUGCAGUUCAAGUGUAGCUAGUCAGGGCAUGUUUAUGGCAGAGGCUUGCUUAGGAAACUAGUCAGUAGCCUUGGUCCAGGCUUAACCAAACUUGACUGUUUUGACUUGACUGGCUUGUGCAAGUUUUAAAGCACCAUAUUAAAUGUCUUCCAAAUGUUGACCAGGCAUUUAGUUUGAAUGUUAUUUCGUAAUGGAAUAUUAUUUCAUUACAGGGAGCAGAUGGAAAAAAAGUUAUUUAGGGAUGAAUGGCUUGAUGCAUUUCAACCAGACAGUUAAUCUGCAAGUAACGAAAAAUACCUGACAAGGUAAUUAUUUGAACUUAAUUUGCAAAAGGCACUGGGCUUCAUCACACUGAAACGUCACAAAUGUUGUAGUCCCAAAAUCUGUAGGUCCUUAUCAAUGCACUGAGCUGACCAACUUGUAAAAAAGAGGUUUAACUUGACAUUGGUUACCAGUCAAAUAUAUAUAUUACAUGUACAUAUUGUACUUGGCUGGUACCCAGUGUAUAGUAUGUUGAAUAAUAUGGUCGGCUUAGUAGUAUUAUAUAACAUUUUCAUAAAUACCACUAAUGCAAUGUUAUGGAUUAGAUGUUAGAGCCAACUCUGUCAUGUACACAUAGCUAAAUGUUAUUUUAUGGCCUGUUGAGCUCUUGAAGAAACCUUUUUUUUCUUUGAGAAAUAUGUCAAACUAAAAAGAUCAAUCAUUUUGAAAAAAGACAAGUAGGACACCACACAUACAUUGCAAAACAACUAGGCUAAAAGGUGCACCAACUAGGUAUGGAACGAGAAGAGUUCACCACCAUCACUGAAGUUGAAUUGAAGGAACUUCGAAGUUUUUUUGGCUGCACCUGAAUUACUUAUUUGGCUGAACAGGAUAUGACAUGAACUGAUAAAAACCAACACCUCGUGACUUCAUGUUUUUCUCAGACUCAUUAUUUUAGCUGUGACCAAGUAAUCUGGAAGCUGCUCAACUAAGGAGACUUGCUUGGAAUCUUGGAACAAGUUUCUGGGCUAUAUUGGUUGCUAAUAGCAUGCCUUGGUAUUACAUGGAACCAAUCACAAAGUAAGGCCCAGUCUGUGCUUUCUGUUCAUGUAGGUGGGUGGCUUGUUGGUGUCUAACACUAAUUGACAGUCUUUGGUGUGUGUUUAAAUCAAAUGCAUUUGCACCUGUUCUGGAGUUGCCUUGACAGUCCUUUCCCAUAGAUAGAGGGACAGUAAUGGAUCUUUUUAGUUACUUACAAUUCUUGGAAAAGCAGCAUUGCACCAGCCAAUUCUGUAUACAUCAAAUUAUGUUGUUAACUGGUAACCAGUUGACUUGGCUGCAAGUGGUCUUUGUCAAAACCUCUGCAAGUUUAUGCUAUUUUUAUUUAAAGAAAUAAUUUGGUUCUGAUUAUUAUACAUGCAAGUGUUGAUUGACGAGUGGUUGAGAAUUUACGGUACUAUCAGAGUUGUAUAAUUAUAUGUCAGUGUAAAUGAUUUCAUGAGGCAUAACCCUUCAUAGACAAUUUAUACUCAUUUCUUUAACUCUGAUGAUGGAUGCACCCCUUUGAACUUGAGAGGAAAAACAACGAAAACCUCCCCCGUUAUUUUCAAACGUUUAAUUUCUUAACUUGUAUCAUAGGCAGGUUUUAACCAGAUUUUGCAAAUAAACCCCUGUGCGUUAUCAUGCUACCCUGAUUAAACUGUAAUAUAGACCCAAGUAUACCUGGCUUGGGGUAAAGCCCCAUAUGGCCGGCUGUGUUACACCUGGUUAAAAUGUAGAGUAAAACAGUAUUUAACCAGGUAAUGAGUAACCCAUUUAUUUAGGUUAUGUUUAUUUGGUUAAGCUGUAAAGCAGUGUAUAUUGUAGUGCUCAUUAAAAUUGAAUGUAUUAAAACAAGAUGUACAAAACUUCUGCA